CACAUAAUGGCGAGAGCGGAACGAGGUCGCGUAUUGUCGACGGAGGAAAAGCAUCUGCCCGCGGUCACAUGGUCAGUCCUCAACUCCUAUUGGCUGACGCGUCAAGCUCGGACUAUCUGGCGAACACGUCUACUUAAAUGGGACGUCAUCGCGUUUCUUCACGACGAGAUGCUCUUCCAACUCCUCCUACUCUGCAUUGCGACCGUCGCCGCACUUCCCACCUGGGAGGGCCUGAACAACCGCGCCGAUUUCAUGUCAGAAUUGGUCCCAACAACGACUCACAUCCAAGUCUUUGGUGGGGACAUCAACUCUCCCAACCAUCUAUGCAGUCAUACACCGGGUGAACCGGGAAACGUCACAUUCGAGCCCACUUACAAGCAGACCCCAGCACUAUUCUCUAUCUCCCAGCAACAACUAUGGCAGUAUAAGAAUGCAUCCACGAUAUAUCCCGUCGCGGUAGUCAACACAACCUUGUUCGGCACCGACGACGGCCCAUUCCUUCAGCUUGUCUUAGGAAAGCAACCCCGAACUUCUUCCGUAGUAUCUGGUGGCUCGUGGAAAUGGCGGGGGACAAUGCUCAACUACUGGUAUGGGCCGAAAUCCAACGGUGGUGUCUACUUUUCUUGUCCGACGGGUGGUUCCCGUAACGGUCUCUUUACGAGGCUUGGUCUGGGUCCAACUCCAGAGGGCUGUCAACUCGUAACUUUGCAUAGCUUCUCGACCAAGAUAUGA